AUGGCGAAGAGCGUGGCCAUCGGCAUCGACCUGGGCACCACGUACUCGUGCGUGGGGGUGUUCCAGCACGGCAAGGUGGAGAUCAUCGCCAACGACCAGGGCAACCGCACCACCCCCAGCUACGUGGCCUUCACGGACACCGAGCGGCUGAUCGGCGAUGCGGCCAAGAACCAGGUGGCGCUGAACCCGCAGAACACGGUGUUUGACGCGAAGCGGCUGAUCGGGCGCAAGUUCGGCGACCCGGUGGUGCAGGCGGACAUGAAGCACUGGCCCUUCCGGGUGAUCAACGACGGGGACAAGCCCAAGGUGCAGGUGAGCUACAAGGGCGAGACCAAGGCGUUCUACCCGGAGGAGAUCUCGUCGAUGGUGCUGACCAAGAUGAAGGAGAUCGCCGAGGCGUACCUGGGCCACCCGGUGAGCAACGCGGUGAUCACGGUGCCGGCCUACUUCAACGACUCGCAGCGGCAGGCCACCAAGGAUGCGGGGGUGAUCGCGGGGCUGAACGUGCUGCGGAUCAUCAACGAGCCCACGGCGGCGGCCAUCGCCUACGGCCUGGACAGGACGGGCAAGGGGGAGCGCAACGUGCUGAUCUUCGACCUGGGCGGGGGCACGUUCGACGUGUCCAUCCUGACGAUCGACGACGGCAUCUUCGAGGUGAAGGCCACGGCGGGGGACACGCACCUGGGCGGCGAGGACUUCGACAACAGGCUGGUGAACCACUUCGUGGAGGAGUUCAAGAGGAAGCACAAGAAGGACAUCAGCCAGAACAAGCGGGCGGUGAGGCGGCUGCGCACGGCCUGCGAGCGGGCCAAGAGGACCCUGUCGUCCAGCACGCAGGCCAGCCUGGAGAUCGACUCCCUGUUCGAGGGCAUCGACUUCUACACGUCCAUCACCCGGGCGCGCUUCGAGGAGCUGUGCUCGGACCUGUUCCGCAGCACCCUGGAGCCGGUGGAGAAGGCUCUGCGCGACGCGAAGCUGGACAAGGCCCAGAUCCACGACCUGGUGCUGGUGGGGGGCUCGACGCGCAUCCCCAAGGUGCAGAAGCUGCUGCAGGACUUCUUCAACGGGCGCGACCUCAACAAGAGCAUCAACCCGGACGAGGCGGUGGCGUAUGGGGCGGCGGUGCAGGCGGCCAUCCUGAUGGGCGACAAGUCGGAGAACGUGCAGGACCUGCUGCUGCUGGACGUGGCCCCGCUGUCGCUGGGGCUGGAGACGGCCGGCGGCGUGAUGACGGCGCUGAUCAAGCGCAACUCCACCAUCCCCACCAAGCAGACGCAGAUCUUCACCACGUACUCGGACAACCAGCCGGGCGUGCUGAUCCAGGUGUACGAGGGCGAGAGGGCCAUGACGCGGGACAACAACCUGCUGGGGCGCUUCGAGCUGAGCGGCAUCCCGCCGGCCCCGCGGGGGGUGCCCCAGAUCGAGGUGACCUUCGACAUCGACGCCAACGGCAUCCUGAACGUCACGGCGACGGACAAGAGCACGGGCAAGGCCAACAAGAUCACCAUCACCAACGACAAGGGCCGGCUGAGCAAGGAGGAGAUCGAGCGCAUGGUGCAGGAGGCGGAGAAGUACAAAGCGGAGGACGAGAUCCAGCGCGAGAGGGUGUCGGCCAAGAACGCGCUGGAGUCGUACGCCUUCAACAUGAAGAGCGCCGUGGAGGAUGAGGGGCUCAAGGGCAAGAUCAGCGAGGCGGACAAGAAGAAGGUGCUGGACAAGUGUCAGGAGGUGAUUUCCUGGCUGGACGCCAACACGCUGGCCGAGAAGGACGAGUUUGAGCACAAGAGGAAGGAGCUGGAGCAGGUGUGUAACCCCAUCAUCAGCGGACUGUACCAGGGGGCGGGUGGCCCCGGGGCUGGCGGCUUUGGGGCUCAGGCCCCCAAAGGGGGCUCUGGGUCUGGCCCCACCAUCGAGGAGGUGGAUUAG